GGUAGUGCCCGCCCUCCCGCGGAAUGUGGGCCUUUGGAGCGAGCGAGGUGGGAGGGCCGGAGGCAGGGAGGCGUGCUGGGCCCGGGCGGCUGUAGAGGCGGUGGCGGCUGUGGGCAGUGGGAGGAGCCGCGCGGUUCCGGCUGCCCGGGCGAGGCGACCCUUGGGUCGGCGCCGCGGGCGAGGAGAACAGGUAGGGGAGCGGACUGCCGCGGCUCUGGGAGAGGCUCGAGCAGCGGAGCCCCCCGGCGCGCCCCAGGCACCCUCGGCCUCCGGCGUUGAGGCGGGGGAGUAAGGAGAUGCCGACCCAGAGAGACAGCACUACCAUGUCUCACCCGAUCACAGGCGGCGGCAGCGGGGACCAUUCUCACCAGGUCCGGGUGAAAGCUUACUACCGCGGGGAUAUCAUGAUAACACAUUUUGAACCAUCAAUCUCCUUUGAGGGCCUUUGCAAUGAGGUUCGGGACAUGUGUUCUUUUGACAAUGAACAGCUCUUCACCAUGAAAUGGAUAGAUGAAGAAGGAGACCCGUGUACAGUAUCAUCUCAGUUGGAGUUAGAAGAAGCCUUUAGGCUUUAUGAGCUGAACAAGGAUUCUGAACUCUUGAUUCACGUAUUUCCUUGUGUACCAGAACGUCCUGGAAUGCCCUGUCCAGGAGAAGAUAAAUCCAUCUACCGCAGAGGUGCACGCCGCUGGAGAAAGCUUUAUUGUGCAAAUGGCCACACUUUUCAAGCCAAGCGUUUCAACAGGCGUGCCCACUGUGCCAUCUGCACUGACCGAAUCUGGGGACUUGGACGCCAGGGAUAUAAGUGUAUCAACUGCAAACUCCUAGUUCAUAAGAAGUGCCACAAACUUGUCACAAUUGAAUGUGGACGGCAUUCUUUGCCACCGGAACCAAUGAUGCACAUGGAUCAGUCAUCCAUGCACUCAGACCAUGCACAGACAGUAAUUCCAUAUAAUCCUUCAAGUCAUGAGAGUUUGGACCAAGUUGGUGAAGAAAAAGAGGCAAUGAACACUAGGGAAAGUGGCAAAGCUUCAUCCAGUCUAGGUCUUCAGGAUUUUGAUUUGCUUCGGGUAAUAGGAAGAGGAAGUUAUGCCAAAGUACUAUUGGUGCGACUAAAAAAAACAGAUCGGAUUUAUGCAAUGAAAGUUGUGAAAAAAGAGCUUGUCAAUGAUGAUGAGGACAUUGAUUGGGUACAGACAGAGAAGCAUGUUUUUGAGCAGGCAUCCAAUCAUCCUUUUCUUGUUGGGCUGCAUUCUUGCUUUCAGACAGAAAGCAGAUUGUUCUUUGUCAUCGAGUAUGUAAAUGGAGGAGACCUAAUGUUUCAUAUGCAGCGACAAAGAAAACUUCCUGAAGAACAUGCCAGAUUUUACUCUGCAGAAAUCAGUCUAGCAUUAAAUUAUCUUCAUGAACGAGGGAUAAUUUAUAGAGAUUUGAAAUUGGACAAUGUAUUGCUGGAUUCGGAAGGACACAUUAAACUCACUGACUACGGCAUGUGUAAGGAAGGAUUACGGCCAGGAGAUACAACCAGCACUUUCUGUGGUACUCCCAAUUACAUUGCUCCUGAAAUUUUAAGAGGAGAAGAUUAUGGUUUUAGUGUCGACUGGUGGGCUCUUGGAGUACUAAUGUUUGAGAUGAUGGCAGGAAGGUCUCCUUUUGAUAUUGUGGGAAGCUCUGAUAACCCUGAUCAAAACACAGAGGAUUAUCUCUUCCAAGUUAUUUUGGAAAAACAAAUUCGCAUACCACGUUCUCUGUCUGUUAAAGCUGCAAGUGUCCUGAAGAGUUUUCUCAACAAGGACCCUAAAGAACGAUUGGGUUGUCAUCCUCAAACAGGAUUUGCUGAUAUUCAGGGACACCCAUUCUUCAAAAAUGUUGAUUGGGAUAUGAUGGAGCAAAAGCAGGUGGUACCUCCCUUUAAACCAAAUAUUUCUGGGGAAUUUGGUUUGGACAACUUUGAUUCUCAGUUUACUAAUGAACCUGUCCAGCUCACUCCAGAUGAUGAUGAUAUUGUGAGGAAGAUUGAUCAGUCUGAAUUUGAAGGUUUUGAGUAUAUCAAUCCUCUUUUGAUGUCAGCAGAAGAAUGCGUCUGAUCCUCGUUUUGGUUGUAUUGCCAUUGAAUGCAUGGAAAAGUUGUUAUCAGCCUGGAUACAAUGAACCAUUUUAUAUUUGCCACCUACAAAAAAGCACUUCAAUAUCUUCUGUUUUUGACUGUAAGAGUCAAUUAUUACAUCUAAGUUUAACUAUGAAAAAAAAAUUAAGACUGGUUUCCAGAUAAUCGUGUCAAAAUUUCGUUAUUCUGGUAAUCUAGCAGCCUACUGAUGAGUAAUGAAGUUGUCUUUUUUGUUU